GAAGCUAAUGGUGGUUUGUAAUUUGCAGUCCAGGGAGGCUGGCAGGGGUGCCCCGGCUGAUAACCAUUUAGGCGCGGGGCCGUGCCACGCUCUCGGCGCGCGCGGGGGAAUGCACCGGAAUUAAGAAACCGCGUCCGGCAGCGCGUCUCGGCCACCGUACUCUGGGUUUACGGGAGCUCGCAGAGGACAAAAUUUCGCGCGCUUUUCCGGGGGCCGGUCUAACCUGGCUGGGAGGGAAGAAUUAGGAGACGCGGUGAAACUAGGUCCAAGGCGGGAAGCGCCUCGGUUAGAUUGAGGGAAAUAAAGAGGAUGUCCUUUGAGGGAUGAUGGGUGAGGACCUACCACAAGAGAAGCGCGGCGACGGCGGAAAACCGAGGGACUGGCGGGGUUCACGCUAAGGGAAGCUUGGACGAUACCAUCUACGGAUAGGGGGUUAGGGCGAUACCAUCUUGAGGGAGUUAGGGGGUGGCAAAGAACAGCCUUGGAAAGGCUACUUGGAGGAGGCGGGGCGCACGUGGGAACCUAAAGGGACCGGGCAGUCGCCCACAUCCGCACUUCCCUUCCCCAGCCGUCCCGAUCCUGCCAUGAGCGCUGCGGUGCGGACCGAGCCGCUGCGCGGGGAGCCGCCUCUGCUGGUGCGCGGCGACCCCUACUCGGUGGUGGUCCUGCUUCAGGGCUACGCGGAGCCGGAGGGGGUCGACGACGCGGUACGCGCCGACGGCUCCGUGACGCUUGUGCUGCCUCAGGCCUGGGGCUCAGCCACCGGCCACCAAGAGUCCCCGCCCCACAGCGGCGGGGCGAAGACCGCCCUGGAAGAGGCGGCCCGUGGCCCCAUCCUCGUGGACACUGGGGGCCCCUGGGCUCGGGAGGCGCUCCUGGGGGCCCUGGCGGGGCAGGGCGUGGCCCCUGGAGACGUGACGCUGGUGGUGGGCACCCACGGACACUCGGAUCACAUCGGGAACCUGGGGCUUUUUCCUGGGGCGGCUCUGCUGGUCUCGCACGACUUCUGCCUCCCCGGAGGCCGCUACCUCCCCCACGGGCUAGGCGAGGAGCGGCCCCUGCAGCUGGGCCCCGGGCUCGAGGUGUGGGCCACGCCGGGCCAUGGGGGCCAGCGGGACGUGAGCGUGGUGGUGGCGGGCACGGCCCUGGGCACCGUGGUGGUGGCAGGUGACGUGUUUGAACGCAGCGGAGACGAAGACUCAUGGCAAGCUCUGAGCGAAGACCCGGUGGCCCAGGAGCGGAGCCGGAAGAGGGUCCUAGGUACUGCGGACGUAGUCGUGCCUGGUCACGGAGCCCCCUUUAGGGUGGUCAGAGAAGCCCUUCAGCCACGGAACUGAUGUCCAGAAGACCAGAGGUCAGUGUGAUCGCUUCCAGCCCCCUUGCAAGAGGCCGGUUUUCCAGCGAGAACAGUCAUCUCUAUCACUGGUUCUGCAACCAAAACUAGGACCAAAGACUGGCUCAGCCGUGUGCCAUCUCUCGGGGUCCCCCGUAAAGUAUGAGAAUGUUCUUGGGAGGGUCGUCCAAAAUAAAAAUAGGCAACUGCAUGGAAAAUCAUAAAGCCCUAAGGUAAAUGCGAAUCCUUAAUGGAGAUAAUCCUGCAAAUUUGGUAAUUAGCAACCGCAACAGAGGGGCACUUGGGCCAAUUGCUUAUUUCUCACAAGAUGCAGGCUUGCUGAGAGAAGGUGCAGGGCACAGAAGUAACACCUUAAUCACCUGCCUUUGAUCCAUCUGUUCAUUGGAGGAAUGGUUCAAGCACUGCCCUAGGUCGUGGGGAUGCGACAGUGAGUAAGCUAGACAAACUCCCUGU